CGGACCUUGGCCGUGUGCUGGGCGGAGCGUGGCCGGAGGUCCGGCAAAGGAGGAAGAGGAGGAGGAGGAAGGGCCGAAGAGAAGCCCGGGCUGUUGUCAGAGCCUCCUGAUGGGGAGAGUCAGCUGGAGAUGCUGGUGAAGCUGCUCUUUGGGGCGUCCACGCGGCUCCAGCCCAAACCUGACAGGAGGGAGGAAGCCUGCCUGACUUCAAUGGGGAGGGCGUUCCAUAGGCGGGGAGCCACUACUGAAAAGGCCCUGUCUCUCGUCCCCACCAGACGCACCUGUGAGGCUGACGGGACCGCGAGCAGGGCCUCAUCUGACGAUCUUAAGCUUCGAGGGCCGCUGCUUCCUCUCCCAAGGCGGGCGUCAACGGGGUCUCCGUCCGGAAUGCCCUUUGCUGGAGGCCAGGCUGCCCCCAAAAAGGCCGCGGAGAAGGAGGAGCAGACCGAGGGGGAGGGGGAGGGGGAGGGGGAGGGGUCACCCCCGGGGCCGGAGCCCCCGCUGGACCUUGGCCCCGGUGUCUCUGUGACGAGGCUCUCCCCCAUGGUCCGCCUCUACCGGCCCCCCUCCGGCCCCUCCGGCCACCCCCCGCCCCCGCUGGUGCUGCUCCUGCCCUGGUUCGGGGCCCCCCCGCGGGCGGUGGCCAAGUACCUCUCGCUCUACCUGUCGGGGCGCCGCUGGCCGGUGCUGGUGGCCGAGAGCCGCGUGGGACACUUCCUGUGGCCGCGGUGGGGCCUGGACUACGCCGGGCGGCUGCUGGAGCUCCUGCGGGAGGGGGGUCCCCUGGGGGGGCACCCCCUCCUGGUCCACGCCUUCUCCAUCGGGGGGUACCUCUUCGCACAGAUGAUGGUGCGCCUGCAAGACGCCCCCCGGGAACACCCGGGCAUCCAGCAGCGCAUCCGCGGACUGGUCUACGACAGCCUGGUGGCCGGCAGCCUGGAGGACAUGGCCAGGGGGGUGGCCCAGAUGACCACGGCCUCUCCGGCCCUCCAGCCGCUGCUCCGCCGCGGGACUCUGCUCUACUUCCGCCUCUUUGGCCGCUGCACGGUCUCCUACUUCCAGGCAGCGCUGGACGUCUUCCACCGGCCGCCCCUCCGCUGCCCAACGCUGGUCUUCUUCUGCCACAAUGACCCCCUGAGCGACCCCCAGGUCAUGGGCCAGCUGCUGGACUCCUGGCGGGCAGCCGGCAUCGUGGUCCAAGUGCAGGAGUGGCCCGUCUCCCGCCACGCCGGACACUUGCGCCUCCACCCGCAGGACUACGGCCGGGCCCUGGACGCCUUCCUCCGGGACCUUGAUCUUGGGCCGCCGCCGGUCCGGUCAAAACUGUAGUAGCCAAUGGGCCUGAUCCGUGGAGGGGAAGGAAGGAAGGAAGGCCGUCUUCUAUUGACAUUGAAGGAACUCACCGCCUUGGAGGCUGGAUCAUCUGUCGGGAGGGAUCGCAUUGUGCUUUUCGUUUUAAGGGUUGGACUAAAUGGCCUUAAACGGGCUCUAUGAAAGGGAGAGACCCUGUCCAGUUGGAGGAAGGCUCUCUGCUCGCCAUCACCAUAGGACAAAUGCCCUUUGACCACUCUGGGGGAUGGGGUUCCCUUGACCUCUAACCCCCGUCCCCCCAAAAACAAGGUCCACAUCCCACAAUAAACUGUCCUUUGAAUGAGUUUAUGGGUCCGGCAUUAAGAUAAGUUUGGGGGCACAUGUGCUUCAAAAGCGCAUGCGAUGCAUAAAAGCGCCACCUUUGAGGGCUGCUUUAGACCAGGACUUCCAUCUUCUCCAUCUGACUUUGGGAGGUUUUGAUGUUGACGUUUUAUGCCGGUUUGUAUGUUUAUACUAUUUUACCUGUUUUUACAUUGGUUUAAUUAUGCUGUAUUUUAUUGUAUGUUGAAACUGGGCUUGUCCGCAUGUGAGCCGCCCUGAGUCCCCUCUGGGGAGAUGGGAGCAGGAUAUAAAAAUAAAGUUAUUAUAUUAUUAUAUUAUUAUAGGUGGGUGGUCUAGAUGGCCUCUGGGGUUCUCCUCGGCUUCAUUAAAGUGGAUCAAGUGGCAAGCGUGGACAAUGGAGGGGUUUCUUUGGCCCUGGAGCCCUGCAAUGGCGGACAAUAGUGUGUCUCUCUAUGGAGGUGGACCCAGGGGACCCCAAAGGCCACCUAGUCCACCCUUUUCUAGCAAGGAUCCUUGUCUAUUUGAAGCAAGUGUGAAUGUUGCAGUUAGCAAGCUUAAAUAGUAUUGAGUAGCCAUGAAGUUUGCAAAAUCAAUCAGUUGAGGGUAUCUGCAUAGAGGUAGCCUGGCUGUUGUGGCCUGGAGGCACCCUCUGUUUGGGAGGUGUUCACUAGCAUUUGAUGACUACGCAAUGCUAUUCAAGCUGGCUGAUUGCAACGUUCGCACUUGCUUCAAACAGUCAAAGGUUCUUUCUCCCACCACAGAUAUUACGUAUACACUCCACUUGCUUCAUCUCCAACCAAACUUCUGAAGACGCCAUCAGACACAGAUGCAGGCGAAACGUCCAGAGAGAAUGCUACUGGAAGAUAGCCAUACAGCCUGGGAAACUCACAGCAACCCAAUGACAAGCUGGGGCAAGAAGGGGCUUGCAAUCCCCCUUGAUUGAUGGAUGGAUCGAUGGAUUGAUUGAUUGACUGGCUUAUUUCCAUCCCAACCACCCAGGGUGAGAACAUGGCCAUACAGUCCAAAAAACUCUCAGCAGCCCAUAGCAAGGGUGGCUAGGAACACCUUUUUGAUGUGUCCAAAUGUGGAAUACAGGUCUCCUGCCACCAAAACACUCCAGUAAGAGACCAGUUUGGCCUGAUCCUUGUUUUCUGGUGGGAGAUUUAUCCAAAGGGGACUAUUUGGGAGGAUACCGGGGGUCUCCAAAGUAUUGCAAAGCCCCUUUUGAGCCUCUUCUCAGGAAUGUCCUUCCACCCCAACCAAGCCUUGCCUCUCACCAUCCCUUUGGCACUGAACCCGUCUACACUGACACCUUAAUGCAGUUCAGAACCAGGUUCCAACUAUGGUGGCCAGGCAACACACUCACGAAAUACUAUGUAACACGGUUUUUGUUCCUAGGUUAUCAAUGUCAUUAUUUCCUAAUUGGUUCUAUUAUAAAAACACGGGAAAAGUUUAUUAAACUGCAAGAACUUUGUAUUUGCGGGAGGGAUGUCAUACUAUACCAGAUUUUGUGAUAACUUUUUAAAUGACUCUCUCAUUCUCGAGUCUCAACACAUUCGACAUAGUUCGUGCCACAAAAACGAAGUUUCUGGAGUUGAACAGCUGCUUCCCAAGUCAGGACCGCACAAUUAAACAGAAAAUCACAACUUUCAAACCAGGAACAGUAUUUUUUUUUUCAAAUUUUGCUGCAUAGUGUAAUCUUUUUAAACUUUUGUACGGAAACAUUUAAGCUGAAUUUUUGAAAAAAACAAUUAUUGCAAGUCACCUUGAAUCCCAUUUUGAGAGAAAAACAUUAUUUUAAUAAAUAUUAAGUAACCUGGCCUGAUGUUGUUUCUUUAAAGUGGAAAUAAUUACAAGAACUACGCUCCGAUUGGGUUAAGGUUGUGUUCUUGCCCCCAGUUUGUUUAAUAUUUAUAAUAGAAUCGUAGAGUUGGAAGAGACCUCACGGGCCAUCCAGUCCAACCCCAUUCUGCCAAGAAGCAGGAAAUCGCAUUCAAAGCACCCCCGACAGAUGGCCAUCCAGCCUCUGCUUAAAAGCCUCCAAAGAAGGAGCCUCCACCACAGUCCGGGGCAGAGAGUUCCACUGGUGAACAGCCCUUCUCACAGUGAGGAAGUUCUUCCUGAUGUUCAGGUGGAAUCUCCUUCCUUUCCUGUAGUUUGAAGCCCUUGUUCCCUUGCGUCCUAGUCUGCAGGGCAGCAGAAAACAAGCUCCCUCCCUCCUCCCUAUGACUUCCCUUCACGUAUUUGUACAUGGCUCUCAUCAUGUCUCCUCUCAGCCUUCUCUUCUGCAGGCUAAACAUGCCCAGCUCUUUAAGCCGCUCCUCAUAGGGCUUGUUCUCCAGACCCUUGAUCAUUUUAGUCGCCCUCCUCUGGACACAUUCCAGCUUGUCAACAUCUCCCUUCAACUGUGGUGCCCAGAAUUGGACCCAGUGUGAUUCCAGGUGUGGUCUGACCAAGGCAGAAUAGAAUAAGGGGGAGCAUGACUUCCCUGGAUCUAGACGCUAUUCCCCUAUUGAUGCGCUAUUCCCCUAUUGAUUCCCCUAUUGAUUAACUUGUUGUCCACGAGGACUCCAAGGUCUUUUUCACACCUACUGCUGUCAAGCCAGGCCUCGUCCCUCAUUCUGUAUCUUUGAUUUCCAUUUUUUCUGCCGAAGUGAAGUAUCUUGCAUUUGUCCCUGUUGAACUUCAUUUUGUUAGUUUCGGCCAAUCAUCUCUCUAGUCUGUCAAGAUCGUUUUGAAUUCUGCUCCUGUCUUCUGGAGUGUUGGCUCUCCCUCCCAGUUUUGUGUCGUCUGCAAACUUGAUGAUCGUGCCUUCUGACCCUUCGUCUAAGUCGUUAAUAAAGAUGUUGAACAGAACCGGGCCCAGGACGGAGCCCUGCUUGUGGCACUCCACUUGUCACUUCUUUCCAUGAUGAAGACGACGCAUUGGUGAGAAUCACCCUUUGGGUUCGUUCGCUUAGCCAAUUGCAGAUCCACCUAACCGUAGUUUUGUCUAGCCCACAUUUUACUAGUUUCCUUGCCAGAAGGUCGUGGGGGACUUUGUCGAAGGCCUUACUGAAAUCUAGAUAUGCUACAUCCACGGCAUUCCCUGUAUCGACCCAACUCGUAACUCUAUCGAAAAAAGAGAUCAGAUUAGUCUGGCAUGACUUGUUUUUGGUAAAUCCGUGUUGACUGUUAGCAAUGACCGCAUUUGUUUCUAAGUGUUCGCAGACCACUUCCUUAAUGAUCUUUUCCAGAAUCUUGCCUGGUAUUGAUGUGAGGCUGACCGGACGGUCAUUGUUUGGGUCGUUCUUUUUUCCCUUCUUGAAGAUAAAUAGGGACCACAUUCGCCCUCCUCCAAUCUGCUGGGACUUCUCCCGUUCUCCAAGAACUCUCGAAGAUAAUUGCCAGUGGUUCUGAAAUAACUUCCGCUAAUUCCUUCAAUACUCUUGGAUGUAGCUGAUUAAUUCCCUGGUGAACUCACUCUCGGAAAUCAACCCUCAGCCCCUUAAAUUGGCUGGGAGGGAAAUAUCGGUUCUGCUUUAUGCAGACGAUGCAGCACUUUUAUCAUUGACAUGAGUUGGGCUGAGACGGCUUCUAAAAAUGACUUUGCAGUUUCAUGGCUACUCAGUGCUAUUCAAGCUUGCCAGUGGCAACGUUCACACUUGUUUCAAACAGACAAGGGUUCUUUUGCUCACCCUGGACAUCAUUCCACAGGUGUAUAUAUACUCCACUUGCUUCACUGCGAGCAGAUUCUCUGAGGAUGCCAUUAGCCACAGAUGCAGGAGAAGCAUCAGCAGAGAAUGCUGCUGGAACAGGGCCAUACAGCCAGGAAAACGCACAGCAACCCAGUGAUCCCAGCCAUGAAAGCCUUCGACAACAAAUCCUGUGCUCACUUUGGAGUAAGCGCCAACAAAAGCCAGUGUGGUUUUGCAGUCUGAGCAUUGGCCUGAGUCUGAAGAACAAGUUCAACUCCCCACUUGCCUUCUGCAUUGUCUUGGGUGUUGGGAAUCACCCUGGAGGACUCAAGUCCAAAUGUAGUCAGAUAGAUGAUAGAGUUAGAUGGAGGGAAUCCUUUCCCUGUUUCCAAAGCAUGCCUAGACAGGCUUUACUGUGUUUUUACUCUAUCCUGUUUAUGUCACAUCCCUUUCUUUGAAGUUAGUAGAAAUGUGAAUCUCCAGGGACACUAACUUCCCAUUGGUCAGAAUGUCUUUUAUGGCCCCAAUAAACUGGACCAUGAGGUUGGAACCAUUUUGGUUCUCUCUUCUUCUCCCUUUGUUCUUCUAGCUAACAAGACGCAUCUCUCCAUCUCUCCUGGCAAGAUGUAACUAUUUAAAUGUUUGUUAUUUUUCCUUUCUUAUUUUUCCUUAGAAACCAGUCUGUAGUAAUCUAGACAGCUCCCAAGCCUUUCUAUCUACAAUGGAGUUCUUUUUGCAGUAGAGUCUCACUUAUCCAACACUCGCUUAUCCAACAUUCUGGAUUAUCCAACGCAUUUUUGUAGUCAGUGUUUUCAAUAUAUUGUGAUAUUUUGGUGCUAAAUUCAUAAAUACAGUAAUUACUACAUAGCAUUACUGUGUACUGAACUACUUUUUCUGCCAAAUUUGUUGUCUAACAUGAUGUUUUGGUGCUUCAUUUGUAAAAUCAUAACCUAAUUUGAUGUUGAAUAGGCUUUUCCUUAAUGCCUCCUUAUUAUCCAACAUAUUCGCUUAUCCAACAUUCUGCCAGCCCAUUUAUGUUGGAUAAGUGAGACUCUACUGUACUUGAAUAAAUACUUUUUGAACUUUUAUUGAGACUCUGCAGUCCAUUGCAAUCCUAAAAAGGCUUCUCUUGCUCGCCAGUGUAAGUAACUGUUGCAUUUGAAAGCUUUGCUUUUGCUACUCUGCUGAUUUUGGUGGAAUCUCCCCCAGAGAGGGUUCAAUUGAGUCUAACCGCUCAGAGAUUACCACAACAUUGGGCAAGUCAUGGAGUCCUAGCGUUGGAAAGGGCUCCACAGAGGCCAUCCAGUCCAACCCUGCAUGGACCUACAGCCAAAGUCACACUCUCUCAACCUCAGGUAAAGGCAAAUGGCCACUAAACAAAUCUUGCCACGAAAACCUCAUCGUAGGGGGGUUGCCAUCAGCCAGAAAUGACUUAAAAGUGACACGACAACAAAACUGGAUGCACGAAGGGUAUUUGUAAGUAGACCCUGUUGUAACACUAGUAAGUGUGUCAUUGAUUAGUAUUGCAACAGGACACGAAAGGAGGCAACAGUAAUGCUACUCUGCCUGCUAAUGUUGGGGCCCUUCCCUUCAGAACCGUUCUGAACCUCAAAGCUUAUUGUAAUAAUGGGAAGAAAUAUGUAGGUUUGUAGGAGAGACGGCAUGAGCCAGAAACCCUGGAAAUUCCUCUGACUCUUUGAACUGCACGUCCUAUGGAAAAUUCCCUAUGGGUCUUGGGUGGCCUGACGGAAUUGCACUUUCUGUGCCUUGUCAGUCCUUGAACUUGGUUUUUUCCCCUCCCACAAAGUGUUGCUCUUUGUGUAAAUGGCCCCCAGUGCAACCGACAAAGACAGACUACUUGUUGUAGUACAGCCUGAGGCGGAUGGGUUAACUGAUGUGUUUUUAGAGGGAAUUGUGAGAUUUCCCAUGAGGUUUCCUUGGGCACAAAGUGAGGAAGAUUCAAGUCAGAAAAAUGAUGGUUCUCUCUAGGAAGAACCUGACUCAGAAAGUGCAGGGCCUCAAGAUCAAUCAGAGAAGCCAAAAACUGCAACAUUAGAUAACACGUUGGUGAGGAACUAAGUGAUAUGGAAAGCUCCCAGGGAAAAGUACCUGGAGCUACAGAGAUCAACAAAAGUCUUCGUUUACAGACUAGAGCAGAGGAUAGGCAACAUGUGGGAAAGUUGAGGAGAGAAUUCAUGGGAAAAGAAAUGACUUCAUGGGUGUCUAUUAACUGGCAUGUUAUUUCGCUGAGAGUUAGUUCAGGUAACGUAGCGUUCAAGAGAGAAGCUAGGCCUGAGUUCCCUGGCUCUUGUCUUAAGUCAAACCUUGGUUUUGGAUUUAUGUAUCCUGGAAGUUUUCUAUGUUCUUGUUUUAUAUUCCUGCUCAAGUUUUGCUAAAUAUACCUUUGCUUUUGGACUCACACUGUGCUUGUGACUUUCUGGCUAUUCCUGGACUGCAUUACCUUGGGAUUUGCAUGAGACAUUUGGCUACCAUGUAUUGCUAACGCUUUUUUUGGAUUAUACAUCUUCUUUCCUUAUUCCUGUUUUUUCAUAUAUUUGAUGUGUUUUUACAAUAAACCACUUUUACUUUGGA